UUGCAUACAUGGUAGAACACACCUCAAAUUCAGAUGGAAAGAAAGAGAUACUCCCCAUCUUCUACGAUGUGAACCCUGAUGAUGUUAAGCUCAAAAGCGAAUUGUACAAAAAAGCCAUAUCCGAACAUGAGAAGAAGUUCGGCUCUGACGAAUUGAAACGGUGGGAGGCUGCUCUUGUAAAGGUUGCGGGUCUCAAGGGAUGGGAUCUUAAAGAAAAAGGCUAUGGAGAACUAAGUGGAUUGGUUGUUGAAGAGGUAUUGCUUAAACUUAAUGCCAGAAAUGUGGAUGUGCCUGAAUAUUGGGUUGAAGAUCAUCAUCAGAUAGAAGACGUACUAAAAAAGUUGGCAGUUGACUCUAAUGAUGUACGUUUCCUUGGUAUUCAUGGAAUAGGUGGCAUUGGUAAAACAGUACUUGCAAAGGUUGUGUUCAACAAAGUAUCUUCUGACUUUGAUAGUGUUUGUUUCCUCAACGACGUUCGAGAGUCAUCACAGCAUGGUCUUAUAAACGUGCAAAAAAAGUUAUUAUCAAGUUUGGUGGGUUCUUUGAAUGCUUACCAUAUCAAAGAUGUUAGGGAUGUGAUGAAUAUGAUCAAGAGAGUAUGUCAUACUAAAAAAGUCCUCAUUGUUCUAGAUGAUCUAGACAAGUGAGAGCAACUCAAAAAACUAGCCGGAAAAAUUGAUUGGUUUGGUUCAGGCAGUAGGAUCAUUUUCACCACUAGAAAUUUAGAGGUCUUGAAGACUCAAGUGGAAUCAUCUAGUGAAGAGGUCUUAAAUCAACCUAAAGGAAUUUUGGCUUAUGAAGUUCAUGAAAUGAAAUUUGGUCAAGCACUUCAGUUGUUUUGUAAGCACGCAUUCAGAAGAGACUCUCCCCUAGAAGGAUAUGAUCGACUUGCAAAGAAGAUUGUUCGUAGAGUGGGUAUGCUUCCUUUGGCUGUUGAGGUUAUAGCUUCAUUUCUUUAUUGCCACAGCUCUGUCCUAGAGCAACAUUUUGAUAAUCGAAAGUUAUGGGAAGAUACGUUGAAGAAGUUAGAUGAUGGCCCUUUUACAGAUGUCCGAGAUGCAUUAAUGACAAGUUAUGAAGGACUGGAGAAUAAGCAAAAAGAAGUAUUUUUGGAUAUAGCUUGCUUCUUCACCAACAAGGACUUAACUUAUCCAAUUAUCAUGUGGGAUGACUGUAAUUACCAUCCUCACAGUGCAAUUAGUGUCCUUUGCCUACGGUCCUUGAUAAAAGUUGGACAAGAUAAUAAGUUUUGGAUGCAUGACCAAGUUCGAGAUCUGGGAAGGCACAUCAUCCUUGAAGAGUAUCCUCGUAAAAUUAGUAGGAUUUGGAUUCGUGCAAAUACCGUAAAGUUACUGAAGAGAAAAGAGAGAAAUGAAGAUGUAGAAGCACUUAGUCUGACUUCCUAUGGCUGCAGCCCAGACAUUUUACGUAAAAAUUUAUAUGAACCAAGGUCAGUCAAGCCAGAUCUUUCAAGGAGCAAUAUCGAAGAUGACAGAGGUGGAAGCAGCCAAUUCCAGAGAAAUGAAGAUGUAAUAGUACCAAACUUAACUUCCGAUGGCUACAGCCGGAGCAUUGUACCUGAAGAAUUAGAUGCUCUACUGGAUCCAAGGUUAGUUAGGCCAAACCUUUCAAGGAGCAAUGUCAAAGAUGACGUGGUUGGAUGGAGCCAAUUUGAGAUCAAUGAAGAUGUAAUAGUACCAAAUUUGACCUCUGAUGACUGCAGUCAGAGCAUUGUGCCUAAAGAAUUAGAUGCUCCACCAAAUUUAAGGUUAGUCAAGCUAGACCUUUCAAGGAGCAAUAUCGAAGAUGACUGGGGUGGAUGGAGCCAAUUUCAGAGAAAUGAAAAUGUAAUAGUACCAAACUCAACUUCCGAUGGCUGCAACCGAAGUAUUGUAUCUAAAGAAUUAGAUGCCGUACCAAAUCCAAGGUUAGUUAGUCCAAACCUUUCAAGGAGCAAUAUCGAAGAUGACUUGGGUGAAUGGAGCCAAUUCCAGAGAAAUGAAGAGGCAAUGGUACCAAACCUGACUUUCAAUGGCUGUAGCCGAAGCAAUGUAACUGAAGAAUUAGAUGCUCUACGAAAUCCAAGGUUAGUUAGACCAGACCUUUUAAGGAGCAACAUAGAAGAUGACGGGGGUGGAUGGAGUCAAUGCCAGACAAAUGAAGAGGCAAUGGUACCAAACCUGACUUCCAAUGGCUGCAACCGGAGCAUUAUACCUGAAGAAUUAAAUGCUCUACCAAAUCUAAGGUUCCUUCGUGUUAAAGGCAUUGAUUUUUCUGGCGACUUUGAGAAUCUUGUUUCAAGGUUAUGUUGGCUUUCUUGGAAAGUGACACAUAAUAAAUUUUAUGCCAAGAAUUUUCAUUUUGUUAGCUUAGUCGUGCUAGACCUUUCAAGGAGCAAUAUUGAAAAUGACUGGGGUGGAUGGAGCCAAUUCCAGGUACGCCUUUCUCUAAUCAUCGUAAUAACAGACCAAGAAGAGCAUUGUAUGGAUAGAGAGUCCAUGUCUUCUUUCUAUCUUCACCAAUCAUGCAUCCACUAUGUCUAUUGGUUUCGUGCUCUCCUGAUCUCACUCGAAUCUAGGAACAUAAAUAUUUUUGCGAGAGUAACAAAGGAGAGGAAGCUAUAGAUUCACAUCAUUUUUUUUUUUUAAAUUCCAUAUCUUAUUAUAUGACUUCCAGAUCAUCUAAACCGAGUAAACCCAUUUGUUGAUAAAUUUCUACUUCAAUUAUCCCACUUCGAACUUCUAUUACUUCUGCUUUUUUUUCCCACAAACUUGUCAACAAUUGCACUCAUGAUCUUAUUCAAUCUUCUACCAUUUUCUUCUUCAUCAAAUUGUGCUAUAUGCUAUUAUCACAAGAUUUUAUUGAAUUAUUAAAGAGAGGGUAAUUAGGUUAACCUUCCCUCCGGAUAUGUACCCCGAGAUGCUUGAUGCGACUCAUUCAUUUUAAUUCAAUUUUUUUCUCCAACAGAUGACCAAGAAAUUGAAAGUUCUGGAUUUAACGAGUUGCAUGAAGUUGACGAGUACACCCGACUUCUCUAACUUCAUGUCUUUGGAGAUCUUAAUACUUGCUGGGUGUGUCAAGUUGAUCACAAUUGACUGCUCCAUCAGUAAGCUUGAGCUCCUGAAAACUUUGAAUAUCAAGGGCUGUCCGCUUCUCCGGAAGCUGCCCGCUCUGCAUUCUUUGACGCAGAUUGUCAGGGACCAAGAUACUCGACUUAUUGAAAGGCUCCAAAUGCGUCAACAAGAGAGGUUCUUACGGCACUCUGGUGGACGGAUAUGUGGAGGGAGCACUAGACGCCACGACGGUUCCGCGUGUAUGUGCAUGCCUCCAGCUCCUCCGAACCAAAAUAAGGGGAAAAGAAAAAAAGGUGCUUCUGGAGGCACUUGACAAUCUGAAAUU